AUUCAAAGGGGCGAGCCGCGACCCACGGGGCGGAGAGAGGACUUGCUGGUGACCGUCAUGUCCUGUGUAGCUGUGACGUGACUGUUGGUGACUGUUUGUAUAUAAGAGUGUCUCACCAAACUUGCUAGUGCCGCGGUGUGAAGAUGACGCAGACAGUGAGGAGCUUGACAGACGAGGUCCUUGCUAAGCUGGGCGCCACCUCCCUCACCCAGAUCACCUCCACGCUCCCCAGCGCCCUCACCUCAGGAGUCCAUUUGAACAAGGCAGAGACAGAUGAUGAGGAGGAAGCCUUCUACCAGCUCUCCCUCACCCACUCCACCCUCCUGCAUCACCGUGUAGCUCAGAGACUCUACAAACCAAAAAGGGUGCAGGAUGAAGAGAGCAGUGUGGAACUCCCUGAGGAGGUGGAGGAGGGCAAGAAAGUCAUCCUGUCCACCACCAGCAAGGAGGAAACCAUGAACCUUCUUCGGAAAUUGCCUGCAGAGUGGACUGUGGUUCAGAUUACUUCUCUGGAGGAGAGUGAGGAGCGCUUCCAAACAGUGGGAUCUCCGGCCACAACACCCGGCCUGUACCUGUCCCGCUGCGUGUGUGGACCAAGCCCCUCAGUGGUGGUGCAGACUGUAGCGUCACCCAAGAACAUGAGUGUCAGCAGCAUCCUCCAGGAGAUGAUCAGUAUAAAGAGUGACAUCAAGAGUUCGUUCACUGGGGGCAGUUCAGGAGACUCCCAGCAUAGGAUGGGGGAUAAGAAGGAGGCGCUGAACUUUAGGAUGAAGAGCCUGGUGAAGAGCAUGGAGGUGGCCUGGUUGCGUCACUGGUGCUGCCUGCUGGUGGGCUCCCUGCACCCUAAGGAAGAAAAGGUCCUGGAGAAGGUCACGUCACGCAUACUCUCUGCCCAUAAACUCACUCUCACUGACUCACAGAAGCAGCGUUUUAAGUGCAUCAUCAGCUGUCCCAUGGGUGAGUUGGAAGGGGAGGUGGAGGAGAGGAUCCGUGCUGGGGUGGCGGCUGUGCUGGGGGAGGGACUGAGUAGCAGUGUAGUAAAGGAUGUGUGCUGCUCUAUCAAGAAGGCUAAAGAUGUCCUCACACCACUCAGGAAAGCCACCAGGAACCCUCUUAUUCUGGUGCUGGAUAAGAGCACUGUGGCCCUGCCAUGGGAGAUGAUGUGGGUGUUGAGGAACCAGCCCAUCACCAGGAUGCCAAGUGUGCGCAUGCUGGCCCUGCUGUACGAGCACCACGCCAACCUGGCAGACAGUGUGCUGGUGCAAGGAGUGGAUGUGAGGAAAGGCUUCUAUCUGUUGGACCCUGAGGGGAACCUGCCCAGGACUCAGGAGCGCCUCAAGGGACUGUUGGAGGCGACUCGCUGGCCGGGCAUCACGGCCCGUCUCCCAUCACACCAGGAGUUCUCGUCAGCACUUGUCAGCAAUGAUGUGUUCUUGUAUGCAGGACAUGGGUCAGGGAGUCAGUACCUGCCGGGGGAGAUGGUGGAGAAGGUGAUGUGCCGGGCACUGGUGCUGCUCUUUGGCUGCAGCUCAGUGCGGUUGUUGCCCCGUGGCAGGAUUCCAGAUCCCUGGGGUGUUGUGAUGCACUACUUCAUAGCUAACUGCCCAUGUGUUGUGGGGAUGCUGUGGGAAGUGACAGACCGUUCAAUUGACCACCUCACCACCGAGAUGAUCAUGGCCCUGCAAAACUCUCUCAAGGAAUCCACCUCAGCCCUGGCCAACGCCCCCUCAGAUGUGGCCCUCCUGGUGGCCCACUCUCGUGACAUCCCCAAGCACUACGUCAUGGCAUCAGCCCUGUGUGUGUAUGGCCUGCCCCUCCACCUGGUACACAGUGAUGAGUCUGCAGCCGACUGACUCCCAUGUCUUGCCAGCCCACAGGUAAUGAUGCAGCUGUGAUGAAGUCCUGGAGUUUCACAGACAGAGAUUUGUGUUCAGUGUUGUACCUGGUAUGGGCUCAGAAAUAUGGAGUGAGUGAGAAGCUGUGGUGAGUGGCUGUCUAUAAUUUAGAGUAGGUAUGUGGGCUGUGAUGAGGGAAGAAAGAGAGGGAGAGGUGUGGAAGUCAUGUUAUAUCUGUGCACUGUGAUUGAUGGCUGGACUUUGAGAGCAUCACUUGCAGCAGUAAGUGGAUUAAUGCAUUAUUUAGCUGAUCAUUCUGUUGGACUGGAUGGUAAACUGUUCAUAGCUAUUGUAUUUAAGUAUUUUUUAUAUAAAGGUGAUUUUAUUAAUAAAGAAUGACAUAU